ACAUUAUUACUAUUAAUUAUCAAGAAAUAUAAAAAUUGAUGGACCCACUUUCAACAUUAUGUGUAAGUCAUUUGACUCGUUUGCUUGAAAUGAGUAAUUUGGAAAAUCUAAAGCUACUUGGGGAUAGUUGUUAUGUUUCACAAAAUCUUGAGUUAGAAGAAAAUGACUAUAUUAAUCAACAAACUCAGCAUAAUUUAUAUAAGCAAAAUAUAAAGAAAAUUUUUGACUUUACUUCCACAAAAGAACUGCCACUUGUCUUUGGACACCCUAUUUCUGCAAUCACAGUUGAACUUAUCAUAGAAUUAAUAGAACAUCUUAAACUUAAAAGAAGUACAGAUGGUUUGUUUAGAAUAUCAGGAAAUAAAAAACGACAGGAAGAAUUAAAAGCCAUUUUGAAUCGAGGCGGAAAAAUAAAACUGCGCUCUGAAAACUGUCAAUACAGUGCCCAUGAUAUUUCUGGUAUAUUAAAGCAAUUUUUUGGAGACCUGCAUGAACCGUUGUUAACAAUUCAGUUAUAUGACUGUUAUCGUCAGUUAGCAGAUAUGGAUAGUGUUUAUGAAAAACAUCAUAAAAUAAAAACCCUUCAGUAUUUGUUUUUGCUACUUCCUCCAUUGAACAGGCUGUUAUUAAAAAAGCUUUUAGAACUUCUGUCUAUUGUGGCAAAAGAUGAAACAAACAGAAUGACUGCAUAUAAUCUUGGAGUAGUUUUUGCACCUAACAUUGUUUGCACAAGACAGCCAAUGAAUUGCUUGUCUGAUUUCACUGAUAAUGUUGAACCUUUUACUGAUCUUGUUAGUUUUAUUAUUGAAAAUUCAUUUGAAUUGUUCCAGAUACCAGCAGAAUUUCUGUCAGAAGUAAAACAGUACUUACAGAAAAAAGACAAGGAAAAAGAUGCAGAAGUACCAAUGGAAAAAACAUUUUGUCAGCAAGUUGAUCCCAAACAGUUUCGUAAAAAUGCUAAAAGUAACACUGAUGAUGCAUUAAUGCUUCUAUAUGCUCAUAUGAUGGAUCUUCCUGAUGGAGAAAAGAAACGAGAGUUUAUGGAGAAGUUUAAAGAAAGCUAUCCGGGUACCCCUUUGUUCAUACCACUGUCGGUUCAGAAUAGACGAAAAGAAUAUAUGAACUCAACUGAUAAUAUGAGUCCUGCUACACCAUUAUACUCUUCAAAAACAACUGUUAUUCCUUCAAAAAGUUUUCCUAUGAAUGGGAAUUCAACAGAAGAGUGUUUAAAUUUGUUAACAGUUACACCUGUUUCUAAAGAUAUACCCUCGCAAGCCUCAAGUACUCCAAGUACGCCUGGUGCUAGAAUGAAACUUUGCUUGAAAAGAUUACGAAGAAGAAGUGCCGAAAUUUUCAAACCUAAAGCUCCUAAAAUACCUACACCAGAAAAACCAGAACCACAUUUACCUGUGCUGUUAAGAAUGAAAGAAGCUUUUAAGAGAAAAGUACCUUCAGCUAAUAAAGUACUGAAAAAAUCUGUAAGCACACCUAUAAUUUCACGCAAAAAACAAAGUCUUUCAGAAACUGAUUUGACACCCAAUAAUGACAGAAUCAAAAAUGGGGAAAGUGCACUAUUUAGUGAAGGGAGAGUGUUUAAUAGAACUUUAGAGGAACUUCAACCUCCUGACGGUGGUCCGAUUCGCUUUCAAUUUGGAAAGCAAAAUGAAGAAGCCGUUACCUUUAGUAGCAACCAUGUUGUGAAUGACCAAAGUAAGUCUCUUGAAAGAACUCCUCUUAUACGUAAAAGUCUUUACCCAGACUUAAAAAAUAAAGUUGAUAAUUUUACAGACAGAUUUGGUUCAAAGAUUAAACCUCAAAGAGAUAUUUGCCAUACAGUUUUAAAACCUCCGUUUUCUUUAAAACCUCCUAUAAUCGAUUCUGAUUUUGAUUGUUGUGAUAUAUUGAAUGGACUUACAUUAGAAGAUAAUAAAUUUUCUAUAAACGAAGCAUCUUAUGCAAAAUUUAAGGAGCGCAGAAGCUAUAGAAAGUUAGCUGGUUUAACAAACGACGAAGUUGGGGAACUACGAAAUUGAUUUUUUGAAAUUAAAGACCGCUUUGAGUCAUUUACGAUUUCUUUUGCAAAUCAUGACGUUUCUUAUAUGUGUAUGAUAUAUGCUUUGAACAUAUUUAUUGCGAUAAAAAAAAAUUAAAAUAUUACAUCGUAGAUGUAUUUAAACAUGUUUGGAUGAUAUUUAUAUUGUUUCUAAUUAUUUUUUGAAUAAUAUACUUGAAAGGCGCUUCAGAAUAAUAACAAAUCUGUAAAUAAAACCUACAUAUGAAGCAACUUUUUUGUGUUUGGGAUGUUGUUGUUU